AUGCUGCAACAAAACACCGAAUUGGACUCACGCAAACUUGCAGGUUCUGUGCAACUCCAUUCCUCGAUCUUAAUAGGAGCUUUUCAAGUAUUAGGGCUCUGCAGCAUGGCGUCGAUCCUGCGACAAAUCGUGGCCGGCCCGCGAUUGCAACAUCCCGAGACCGGGUUGGAUCUUUGCUAUGUUACGGAUGAUAUCAUCGCAACAUCGGGCCCCUCCCUGAAUUUCCCCAAGCGAGCGUACCGCACCCCCCUCGACGCCUUGGUUCAUUUCCUCGACUCGAAGCAUGGCCCCGAGUGGUGUAUAUGGGAGUUUCGCGCGGAGGGCACUGGAUACCCUGACUCGGAGGUGUAUGGACGAAUCCACCAUUUCCCCUGGCCGGACCACCAUCCCCCGCCGUUCGCGCUUAUCCCCGCCAUGAUGGCCAGUAUGCGGAACUGGGUGCAGAGGCUGGAUGAUAACGAUUCGAAAGAUUCAGACGAGGGUGGGAAACCGUCGGAUAAAGGGAAGCGGGUGGCUGUUGUGCAUUGUAAGGCUGGUAAAGGUCGCAGCGGGACAGUCGCGUGCAGUUAUUUGAUCAGUGAGCAGGGGUGGAAACUUGAGGAUGCACUUCAGCGGUUUACAGAACGUCGCAUGCGGAACGGGUUUGGGGCUGGGGUUAGUAUUCCCAGUCAGCUGCGAUGGGUGGGAUAUGUGGAUCGGUGGGCGAAGUCGAUGAAUAAGAAGUAUGUUGAGCGGCCGGUGGAGAUUCUCGAGAUACACGUCUGGGGAUUGAGAGAUGGGGUCAAGGUCGCGAUUGAGGGUUUUGUCGAAGAGGGGAAGCAGAUCAAGUGCUACCACCUGUUUCAUCGCAGUGAGAAGACGGUUGUCGACGAUGGUAAGACGCUGUACGGUGGGAAGGAUGGAGAGAAUGACAAUAAGAACGACUCCCAAGAACCUCUGUCGGCCGUGUCAGGCACGUCUUCGAAGUCUUUGUUUGCGCCCUCUACGGAGUCUACCGUCACCAGUCAAUCCGGCAAUUCGACGCCUACCAAGCGCAUCAAUGCCAUCCUCCUCCGCCCCAGCAAACCCGUCAUCCUCCCAAGCUCCGACGUGAACAUUGAUUUCGAACGACGCAGCAAAGCCGCCUACACCGGCUGGGCGAUGGUCACAUCCAUCGCUCACAUCUGGUUCAACGCCUACUUCGAAGGCGGCGACCAACACGCCUCGAAUGUCUUCGAGGCCGACUGGGAGGCCCUAGACGGCAUCAAGGGCACAACGAAGAAGGGCGUGAGAGCCCUCGACCGCUUGAAGGUAGUCUGGCGCUACCCACCUCCGUCUGAACUGGGCCUCCAAAAAGAUCAAAAGGGAACCGACGUCAUCGCCCCAGUGACAGCAGGCCAAACAGUCACCGAGCCCAAACCCGGCGAACCAAUCCCUGAGGCCGAGCCAGCGGACUGGCGCGGCCAACAUCGCGAUCCCAGCGGCGGGCCACUCCGCGAACAGGAUCACGAACAGGAUCUGAAUAAAGAAAACCUCAUCCCGCGCGAGCGCAUCGCAGAAGCAACAGAUCCCCAACACGAGCCAGCUUCCAAGGGCCUAACCAUCCAAACAGAGCACCCAUUCAUCACUGGUGCUAGCACCACUGCUGCAUCAGCUGCGUCGGCCACAUUACACUCCUUCCAUGGUCUGGAGAAGGAACUAGGAUUGAGAAAGCAGACCGAUGAGAGUCAUGAUGUGAGUCUGGCGAAUAGCGACGAUGAGCUUGGCCAGGGGAAGACGAGGAAUCAUAAGGCGCAUGUUAGCGCUGCGCCUGGUGCUGCGCCGGGUGUUUCGGUGGAGGAUAGUCUUAAUGUUAAUAAGGAUACGGAAAGUGUACAGGCGCAUUCUGGGAAUAAGGCGGAUAAGGAAUAG